UGCUGGUAAAUAUCCAUGCGCCAGGCUGGACCCAAACAUAGCACCUCCAUAAAUCUGGACUGUGGCGCUACACCGGCCAGCAGCUCUGCCCCCUCCCGGAACAAACCACUUCACCAACCGCACACGGGGGUGGUCGCGGUGUAGAGACCUACAGGAAACGCAGAGGUGUGUGGGUGUUUCUGCCAGAGCCAGUAAUGGCCGACACAAUGCCUCCACAACAGGGAGACCUGCUGCUGAAUGGGUUCCACCAAGGAAACCACCCCAAUGGUAAAAAAGGAGCCACCAAAGACGGCCUGCAUGCCAGGGGCCAGUGGGCUAGCAAGGCUGAGUUCCUCCUGGCCGUCGCGGGGCAGAUCAUCGGUCUGGGCAACGUGUGGAGGUUCCCUUACCUCUGCUACAAGAACGGUGGAGGUGUGUUCUUUGUACCUUACCUGUUCUUUCUGGUGCUGUGCGGCAUCCCCCUGUUCCUCCUGGAGACCUCACUGGGACAGUACACCAGCCUGGGAGGGGUCAGCGCCUGGAGGAGUAUCUGCCCGUUAUUUGGAGGUCUCGGAUAUGCCAGCCAGGUGAUGAUCCUGCAUGGCUGUGUGUACUACAUUGUCAUCCUGGCCUGGGCUCUCUUCUACCUGUCCUACAGCUUCCAGGCAGAGCUGCCCUGGUCGCACUGUAACAACACGUGGAACACUGAGGCGUGCGUCCUGUUUGACCACCACAACCAGAAAGCCAACUUGAGCAGCCUGCCUGAGAACGCCACCUCUCCUGUCAUGGAAUUUUGGGAGCGGGAGGUGCUCCGCCUCUCCAGCAGUUUAGACGAGCUGGGUCCAAUCAGCUGGAAGCUGGCUCUGUGUCUGGCCUUCGUCUGGCUCGUCUGUUACUUCUGUGUCUGGAAGGGGGUCAAGUCCACCGGAAAGGUGGUGUACCUGACAGCCACCUUCCCAUAUGUCAUGCUGUUUGUGCUGCUGGUGCGCGGUGCCACCCUGCCUGGAGCGACCCGGGGCAUCAUCUACUACCUCAAACCCAACCACACCUGCCUGGCAGACCCACAGGUAUGGAUGGAUGCAGGUACCCAGAUAUUUUUCUCAUAUGGAAUAUGUUUGGGAAGUCUCACAGCCCUCGGCAGUUACAACAAAUACAACAAUGACUGCUAUAAGGACUCUUUCCUUCUGUGCCUCCUGAACAGCGGCACCAGCUUCCUGGCAGGCUUUGCCAUCUUCUCGGUGCUGGGCUUCAUGGCUGAGGAGCAGGGCGUGGACAUAGCCACUGUGGCCCAGUCAGGUCCUGGCCUUGCCUUCAUUGCCUACCCGAGAGCUGUAGCCAUGAUGCCUCUACCUCAACUCUGGGCCGUCUGCUUCUUCCUCAUGAUCAUCAUGCUGGGGCUGGACACACAGUUUGUGAGUCUGGAGGCCCUGAUGACGUCGGUGACUGACCUGUACCCUCAUCUGAUCAGGCAAGGCCACCGCAGAGAGCUGCUGCUGCUGUUUGUCUGUGUCGUCUGCUUCCUGAUAGGACUGGUCAUGGUCACGCCGGGUGGUCUGUAUGUGUUCCAGAUCUAUGACCAUUUCUCCUGCAGUGGAGCCAGCCUGCUGCUUCUCUCCAUCUUCCAGUCUCUGGCCAUCGGCUGGGUCUACGGAGCCGACCGCUUCAGUGCCAACAUCAGGGAUAUGACCGGUUACAGCCCGUGGCCUGUCUUCAAGCUCUGCUGGAAAUACUUGACCCCUGCUGUGUGCACUGCUACCUUUAUGUUUUCCCUGUUGCAUUGGUCUCCACUGAGCCUGGGGAAAGGCCUGGUCGCUCCAGCCUGGGCCACCACGCUGGGCUGGCUCCUCACUCUCUCCUCCGUCUCCCUGCUUCCCAUCUGGGCCAUCUACGCCCUGGCUACCACCCCGGGAACCCUACCACAGCGCUUCCAGCGUCUGUGCAGCCCUGCCAAAAACUCAUCACUGGCUCUCCACCACUUCCCCACCAACAACUCGACGCUCCCCUACAGCCCUGCACUGCCCCUGACUGAGAAGCCAAAGGAGUCGAUCACAGACAUCAUCCAGGAUCAUAUGAUGUGAUAAUGGUCAGUGAUGGUGUAACAUGGGAUGCUGGUCAGCCAGUCAGGCGUGGCGAAGAGGAGGGUCAAGGUUAGAGUUAACAAUGCCGUAAAGUAAGUUCAUUCUGGCCCUCAAGAGACCAUGAGUUUGGCUCCUUCUGAGGGUUCAGCCCUGAAUUGAGACACAGCUUGCUCUACCUUUAAGACCUGCCCCCACCCCCUGUUACAGGCUGUUACAGAGAUGGUUAUUCUAAAACAGCCCACACUCCACAAUCUUGACAACUUAACUUAAAAUGGACUUUUUUGUAUGUGCUUUACCCUCUGUGAUUCCAAUAUCAUGGAGUUUGAAUGGUUCAUAUUAUAUGCCUUACACCUAGACCAAGUGGUGGCCAAAUACAGUAAAACUUUUUACUGCAAAUGUAUCAAGUACUUAACUUGACGUCAUUGUUGCACUUUAUCACUGACAAAAUGAAAUGUGCAGUAACAGUUUUCAUCCAUUAUACACAUGUAUCUUUUUUUUUAAGCGGGCAGGAAAGUUGUUUGUUUGUUGCAAAAUAAAUGGCAUUAUUAGCCCUGUACCAAAAAUAACUAACUUCUCAAGCUAGGAGACAUGCAAUCAUAGUAUCUGAAUCAGCAUGUUUGAAUACAAUAUAAUAAUAUUGCUGCUGUUGUGUAGACAAAACUGAAAUUACUUUUCAUUCUAUGCCCAAAAUGUUCAUUUUAAAAUGUUUAAGUAAGUUUUUAAUAAGAAAAUAACUGUAGAGGACAUUACAGUUUAUGUAACUGUAACAUGCGAAUGGUAACAUGGAGUAGAAGUUUAAAGUGCAAAUGAAGAAAUGACCUAUAUGCAGUGUAGGGAUGUUUAUAUUUUUCAGAAAAAAAUACAGUAUGAAGAAUGUGAAGAAUCAUGUAAAUUUUGUAGAAGAUCGAUCCAAAUGUUUUUCAUCUUUUUCCUUCGUUGACCUCCUGAUGCAGAAAGACAGUAAGGGUGUCCGCGAUUAAAAUGAAUAGUGCUUUGUUUUAUCAAAAUAAAAGACAACUAGAAAUGUGUAUAUCUUUCUCCAAAAGGCUAGUUUAUAAUAAUUGUCCCUUACCUUGUUAAUGAAAACAACUUGAAUUCAUAGUGUUCCUUUUCACAUAUCACAGAGUACAGUCACUACAGACUUUUAAAAUGUCAGUCAAUAAGGUGUUUAGAAUAAUUUAUUUGCUUUUUUCAUCACAAUGAAAUCUUUCCAGUGUCUCAAUGGGGUUUAGUUUGGGAAAUCACCAUUAACUUACUGUACUUUAAGUCUAGGACAAAAUGUACUCUUCACUGGGAAAACUUGUGUAAAUCUCCAGAACCCAGAAGGAUGAGGAAUGUUUCUUGAGCGAGCGUGAUGUGUUUAAUAUGUUUGAAGAUAAAUAAGCUAAAGUUCCUUAUGCAAACUUGAAACUGUUGUUUUUCCUUGCACUGUCAUUCAGACCUGGAUCAGGUUUUUUGAUGGAAAUUCUUUCAAAUGCUCCUCUGAGAUUAAUUUAACGAGAAGCAAAGUGCUAAACCCAUCUGGUAUCUUUUGAAAGGCUUUCCUUAACUUCAAAUUGAUCCAUGUGUGUUAUCAACUCUGUUCACAGAUGCAUAGAUGUGCCUCUUUUUUUUUUAAUGGGCUUCUUUUGUAUGUGUAUCAUUAUUUUCUUUUUUAUAUGAAUAUAUAUACAUAUAUACAUUGUGGAUAAAAGAGUUUGUGUUGACUGUU